GAAGAGAAAGAAGUCUGUACACGGAAGUUAUUCCGGACUGUACAUGUAUGAGGUUUUUCCUUUCAGGAGUCUCUCCCUCUCUCUCUCUCGCUCUCUGUAAAUUACUUUUUCUUCCUCUGACGGUCCGUUAAACCGUAAUGGCGGUGAACGCUGCGGCGGUGUGUGUGAGGAGCCUGAACAGAUAGUGUGCAGGUAUCAGCGCACGGUGGAUCACCACAAGGGCCAAUGGACGCCAGGAGCUGAAGUGCAGCUGUUUUGACAGCUGGGUUGAGCCUCCAGUACCUGGUCUGUGAGUCUGACAGAGAAAGCUGCCGAGACCAGACAAGACCGAGCUCUGAACACUAGAGAGGGGUUUUGUUUUGUUUUGUUUUGUUUUGAGACAUUUAUCUACGUCUGUCAAAUUGCUUUUAAGGCGCCAUUGAAGGAAAGGAAGAAAGCGACCCACCGACCUCUGGCCAUGGCUUCUUCCCGGCUGAAGUACCUCUCUCUGGGCGUGCUGGUGUUCCAGACCACCUCCCUGGUGCUCACCAUGCGGUACUCCCGCACCCUGCAGGCCGAGGGCCCGCGGUAUCUGGCCUCCUCAGCUGUGGUGGUGGCCGAGGUCAUGAAGAUCCUCACGUGUGUGCUGCUUGUCUUCAAGGAACACAGUUAUAGCAUGCGAGCUCUGAACAGCAUCCUCCGUCAGGAAAUUGCCCACAAACCCAUGGAAACACUGAAGCUGGCGAUCCCCUCUGGGAUCUACACACUACAGAACAACCUGCUGUACGUCGCUCUGUCCAACCUGGACGCAGCCACCUACCAGGUGACAUACCAGCUGAAGAUCCUGACCACGGCUCUGUUCUCAGUGUCCAUGCUGGGCCGCAGGCUUGGCGUCUACCAGUGGCUCUCUUUGCUGAUUCUUAUGGCCGGAGUGGCUCUUGUGCAGUGGCCCUCUGAGUCUGCUGCGGCUCCGGAGAAGGAGGCCCUGUCUGCAGGAUCCCAGUUUGUAGGUGUGACAGCGGUUCUGGUGGCAUGCUGCUCCAGCGGCUUCGCUGGUGUUUACUUCGAGAAGAUCCUGAAGGAGAGCAAACAGAGUGUCUGGGUUCGCAACAUCCAGCUAGGGAUGUUUGGCCUUGUAUUUGGCCUUUUUGGGAUGCUGGCCUACGAUGGGGAGAGGGUGAAGGAGUCGGGAAUGUUCCAGGGUUACAACACAAUCACCUGGACUGUUGUAGCGCUGCAGGCGCUGGGUGGUCUGGUCAUUGCAGCGGUCAUCAAGUAUGCAGACAACAUCCUCAAGGGCUUUGCUACAUCGCUCUCCAUCAUCCUGUCAACUCUUAUAUCGUACUUCUGGCUGCAGGACUUCGACCCCACUGGCGUGUUCUUCCUGGGGGCCAUUUUGGUCAUCGUGGCCACUUUCCUGUACGGCUAUGAAGGCAAGCCGUCCCCCAACCCCAGCAGGGCGUAGGACACUCACGGCUGACACUACAGCAGCAGUAGGAGGUCUUAUUGACGCGUCGAGACGAGGAGGGACAAACUGAGGGGGACAAAAUGAGGGGAAAGGUCUUUAUCAUAUAUUGUGAUCGUGAGAAGGAGGAGCAGAGGAGUAGGAAGCGAGGAGGUAAGCAGGUUGGGAACAGAGGACAGGAAAAGGGAGCAAGCACAACGCUGUGAUAGGUCUCAAACACCAAAAGUGCCUCAGCUGGGAAGAGUAACCAGUGUGAAGAGAAAACUGUGGCAAAACAGGAUUGUAUGUUUUUCUUUUUUCCUAUAAUUUCUGCUGUAGAGAUAAUCUGAAGCUGAAGAGAUAUUCUCCACAGGACCGACUGAUUGUGUUCAUUUAGAACCCGUUUGACUGCCAGUCGCUGUUACUGCCACGUCAAUCACACCUAUACAAUAAAGAACUAAAGAGGCAGACAGGGAGGAGUUUCUAAAUCUUCUUCAAUACCACAUUUUUUAGACGUAGUGUGACUUUAGCCCAAACUGUUGGCUUGUUCACCUCGGAGUUGCAGUAUUUAAGGCUCUGACAGUCUUGAGUUGUCCCACUUUGGGCCUCUGAAAGCACAUUUAAGGCCUUUUUGCCCUUGAAUGAGUCUUCCCGGCCAUUGUUUACUCCAGAGCUGUGUACAAUACUGCAACAAGCUCUGACAGUCACAUGCUUUAGGUUGCAAAUGGUAAGGGUUGGCGUAGGGACCAUGGUUGGUGAGCUCUGCACCACAGGAGGGAUCUGUACACCGCUUAGGAGGCCUGUCUACCUGGGAGGCACAACUCGGGGCAAAAACUGAUCAGUUUUACAAGAGCCUUUAGACUAUAGUAGUUGACGUCACCAGAACUAGUGUUGUUAUCUAAAUUAUCAUCACCUUGAUUUGUUCAGCUAUUUUUGGAAACCAUUUUUGUUGCCAGGCAACAUAUAGUCACUGGGACAUCUUUGAUAACAUAUACAGAUCACUGUAUGACUCUGGUCCGUCUGUAAUCUGGGUGCGUGAAUAAAAGGCUUAAUUAAUCUGACUCUUCAGAGAUGCUGUUCAGGCUGAAACGGGGGGGGGGGGGGGGAGGGGGGGGGGUUAUUUAAAGUAAUUGAUUUCUGAAAUGAGAAGAACAGUUUGAUUAUAUGGUAAUUUUGUACAACUUGAAAUUAUGUUAACCUCUGGUGUAAAUAAUAGCACCAUUUAAAUUGUAACCAAUAAAUCUAAAUUAAUUGUCUGUUAACUUAUUAAUUCAUGAAUUAGGCUCACGUUUACAUGAGUUUUCAAAGCCACUGAUUAUCGACAUCCAGCUCCUUAUGUCCUGUGCUUGUGUAACAACAUAUUCUGUUGUUUCGAAGUAAAAGUGAUCAAAAAUGUUACUAAAUGUGGCUCAGCUUAGUCUGAACUGACUGAAUUAUUGAUACUGAUUACAUCAGACACCUGUGAGGUAUUAGUUACAUAGAAAGUAACCUUGGACUGUACACGUUUGCUGGUGUUUUUCCUCUCUGGAACUACUUUUUUUUUUUCUUGGGAUGAAGCGGGUAUAAUUAAUAACUUUAUUAUUUUAAUUACAGAUAUGUGAAUCUUUUAUAAAAGAGAAAUGUUUCCUUUAACUUCUUUGAAUGUGUUAUUGUGUGUCUCCUCCCUGAUAUUUUCUAUCAUGCAGCCCACACAUUUACAUUUUAUACUCAGACUAGAAUGCACUAUAGUAAAAAUUUAUAAUCA